CUGCGCAGGAUAGUUGUGGCUGCUUCCAAGGGAACGGCGCUGUUCAUUUCCUCCCCACCCCGCACACGGAGUCUGCGCAGGAUAGUCGUGGCCGCUGCCAAGGGAACGGCGCUGUUAAUUUCCUCCCCACCCCGCACACAUGAGUCUGCGCAGGAUAGUUGCGGCUGUUGCCAAGGGAACGGAGUCAGCGGUGUUAGCUGCUAAGGCGAAGGAGUCGGUAACGUGCCCGCCUGUUGUCGAGGAAAUAUGAUGCUGUCACGGGCUAAACCGGCUGUUGGCGGCGAUCCACAGCAGUCUGAUAAACAAAAUAAAAAGGGAAAGAAAGUUCCCAAGCUGGACGAAUUGCUGGCUCAGCGUGACUUCACAGGGGCAAUCACUCUGCUGGAGUUCAAACGUCAAGCUGGGGAGAGUGAGGAAGACACAGACAUGUGGAUCGGUUACAGUUCAUUCCAUUUGGGUGACUACAAAAAGUCUUUGGAGGUUUUUAGGAACGCAAGUCAGCAAGAAGGAUGCAAUCCUGAUGUAUGGGUGGAUUUGGCUUGCACAUAUUUCUUCCUGGGAAUGUAUAAAGAGGCAGAGGAAGCAGCCAAUAAAGCCGCUAAAAGUCGCCUCCAGAAUCGCUUGCUAUUUCACUUGGCGCACAAGUUCAACGAUGAAAAAAGACUAAUGGUCUUUCAUCAGAACUUACAAGACAUCAUUGAAGAUCAGCUGAGCCUUGCAUCCAUCCAUUAUAUGAGGUCCCACUAUCAGGAGGCUAUAGAUAUAUACAAGAGGAUCUUGCUCGAGAACAGGGAUUUCCUCGCUUUGAAUGUCUACGUCGCUCUUUGUUACUAUAAACUUGAUUAUUAUGAUGUGUCGCAGGAAGUCCUUGCAGUGUAUUUGCAACAAGUCCCUGACAGCACCAUUGCCCUGAACCUGAAAGCAUGCAAUCACUUCCGUCUCUACAAUGGGAAAGCGGCGGAAGCGGAACUCAAGAGUUUAAUGGAUAAUACUUCAUCUUCAUUUGAUUUUGCCAAAGAGUUAAUUAAGCACAACCUUGUGGUGUUCCGCGCUGGCGAAGGCGCUUUGCAGGUACUACCACCCCUGGUAGACGUUAUCCCAGAGGCGCGCUUAAACUUGGUGAUUUACUAUCUUCGUCAAGAUGAUGUACAAGAAGCUUUUAACUUGAUUAAAGACCUAGAACCGUCUACGCCACAGGAGUAUAUCCUCAAGGGCGUUGUGAACGCAGCUCUUGGGCAAGAACUGGGCUCCAGAGAUCAUCUCAAAACCGCUCAGCAGUUCUUCCAACUGGUUGGCGGCUCAGCCAGUGAAUGUGAUACAAUACCAGGAAGACAGUGUAUGGCCGCUUGCUUUUUUCUCCUGCAGCAGUUUGAUGACGUCUUGAUCUAUCUUAACUCUAUUAAGAGUUAUUUCUACAACGAUGAUACUUUCAACUUUAACUACGCCCAAGCCAAAGCUGCAGAUGGAAACUACAAAGAGGCCGAAGAGGUGUUUUUAUUAAUUCAGAGCGAGAAGAUAAAAAAUGAUUACGUUUACCUGAGCUGGCUUGCCCGCUGUUAUAUCAUGAACAAAAAACCAAGGAUGGCAUGGGAGUUGUAUUUGAAAAUGGAAACGUCAGGGGAGUCAUUUGGCCUUCUCCAGCUGAUUGCCAAUGACUGCUAUAAGAUGGGACAGUUCUAUUAUGCAGCUAAGGCUUUUGAUGUCUUGGAAAGGCUAGAUCCAAGUCCUGAAUACUGGGAGGGAAAGCGUGGUGCAUGUGUUGGAAUCUUUCAGAUGAUCUUAGCAGGCCGGGAACCAAAAGAGACACUGACAGAAGUGCUUCACUUGCUGAGAAGUACAGGUAGUACUCAGGUAGAAUAUAUCAUACGAAUAAUGAAGAAAUGGGGCAAGGAUAACCGUGUGCCAGUAUAACUGACUUUUACCAAAAUGUUCCAAGAUUUGUACUGCUAAAUUUGACAAAGUGUGGAAAUUAUGGCUUUAUUUCGCCUCCACUAAUGCUGCUCAAGAAUAGUCGGUUUAAGGCUGCAUUCACACCUGAACGUGGCGUAUUUUA